AUGGCUGCAGGAACUGAACUGCUGCUGGCCACACCGAUUCUGUCAGAAGCCUUUGCUUUAGGUCUAUGCCAUAUCUUUCUCCCAUUAUUCCAUAGCCCUCUGGAUUUGGAGCAGUGUUCCCUCCAGGUGCUGGAGCCAGAAGGCAGUCCCAGCUGGAGUCUCCUGAAGCUGCUGGGGGAUCGAGGCUGCACUGUGGUGGAGCUGGCAGAGUCCUUGCAGGCCCUGGAGCACACAGAGGCCCUCCAGUAUCUCGGCCAUUCAGGUAUAAAGAUUGUUGUCCAACCAGACUCUCAAGCAGUGCUCUCUGGUCAGGUCGUCAAGUUAUGCUGCUGGGCAAUGGGACACCCAUUUGUGCACUACCAGUGGUUCAAGCAGGAAAAAGAGGUUCCCCAUGGUAAUUCUCCAGAGCUGGUUUUGAGUCCAGUGAGUGUAAAGGAUUCUGGCUUUUACAUCUGCCGAGUGAAUAGUGAAUCUUCUUUUAUGUUCAGUCGGUGGGCACGCCUUGAAGUUUGUGAGCUUCAGAAUACAUCUCAUGGGCACUUAAUGGGUUUGCCUGAAAACAAGUUGUGCAUUUGUAAUCAGCCUCAGCCACAAAACCUGACAGUGGGGGAUGCUUUGGUCCUAGAAUGUGGAGCUGUUGGAAACCCAAUUCCUCAUUACCAGUGGUUCAGAAAUGGAUUUCCUUUGGCAAACGGGAGCAAAAAUGUCUACAGAGUAACUUACGUGGAUGUGGGACAUCAAGGAACGUAUUGGUGUCAUGUAUUCAAUGACCGAGAGGAUGAAGACAGCAAGAAAGUAGAAGUCAUUAUAGGAAGGAGAGCUGUGGCAGUGGAGUGCACAGAAGAAGAUUCAUGUCAUCUUCAGGAAUCAGCAGACCCACAAGAAGAAUCAAGUCAUAGACCUGUGGCCACAGACAAGGUGGCUCUGUUAAUAGGAAACAUGAGCUACUGGAAUCAUCCCCAGCUCAAGGCUCCAAUGGUAGAUGUGUAUGAAUUGACCAGUUUGCUAAGGCAGCUGGAUUUCAAAGUUGUUUCUUUGCUGGAUCUUACUGAGUCUGAGAUGCGAAAUGCAGUGGAUGAAUUUUUACUUCUCCUGGACAAAGGAGUUUAUGGUUUGUUAUACUAUGCUGGUCAUGGCUAUGAAAACUAUGGGAACAGUUUCAUGGUUCCUGUUGAUGCUCCAAAUCCCUACUGCUCAGCAAACUGCCUGUGCGUGCAGAACAUCCUGCGGCUGAUGCAGGAGAAGCAGACGGGACUCAACGUGUUCCUGCUGGAUAUGUGUCGCAAAAGAAAUGAAUAUGAUGACACAAUUCUUAUCUUGGAUGCUCUGAAGGUUACGGCCAACAUUGUUUUUGGAUAUGCAACGUGCCAAGGAGCAGAAGCUUUUGAAAUCCAGCAGUUGGGGUUGGCCAAUGGAAUCUUCAUGAAGUUCCUGAAGGACCGUUUGUUAGAAGACAAGAAGGUCACUGUUCUGCUUGAUGAGAUUGCAGAAGAUAUGGGCAAGUGUCCCCUUACCAAAGGCAAGCAAGCCCUGGAGAUCCGCAGCAGCUUGUCAGAGAAAAGGGCGUUAACUGAUCCUGUUCAACAAAGCACAUCUUCUGCAGAGUCCCUGGCACGGAACCUGCAGUGGGCCAAAGCUCAUGAGCUUCCAGAAAGUAUGUCCCUUGAAUUCCAGUGUGGUGUUCAGAUUCAGCUGGGGUUUGCAGCUGAGUUCUCCAAUGUCAUGAUAAUCUAUACAAGGAUAGUCAAGAAGCCCCCUGAAAUCACAGCUUGCAGAGCCCACAUCACAGACUUCCCACUCGACUUGGAUGUAGAUCCUAAAGAGGCCAAUAAAGGAACUCCCGAGGAAGCUGGAAGCUAUUUAGUAUCAAAGGACCUUCCCAAACACUGUCUUUACACUAGGCUGAGUUCACUGCAAAAACUAAGGGAACAUUUAAUCUUCACUGUUUGCUUGCACUAUGAGUAUUCAGGAAUAGAAGAUACAAUGGAUGAAAGAAAGAAAAUUAAUGUUGGAAAGCCCCUUAUUGCAAAAUUAGGUCUUCACCAUGGGUUCAAAACCAAGAACUGUCCCCAGACCUGUUGCAUGCCUGGUUAUCCUUUUCAUAAUCCAGUAGUAUCGAGUCCAGAGGCAGCUGAAUACUACAUCCCUAGUCAUUGCCAACCCAAUUCCUGUCCAGGUGUUUACCAUCCAAACUGUGCUUGCUCUACCAGCAUCACACAACCAGAGGCAUGUUCCUGCAAUGGAACUUCCAGGAUAUUGGAUUCAAGACAUGAAAUACAGCAUUGUUCACCCACUAUGGAAAAGAGUAAUGUACCAGUAGAGACCACUGAUGAUACUGUUGAACUGGAAUUCUUCCUCUCUGACAGCCUUAGCUUCUCUGAACAGCAGUAGCUGGGAUGUGUUUGGAGUAGACCAGAGUGGCACUCUUGAACAGAGGAGCCUCCACACUGCCUCUCCAUCUUCUGGGGUUUGGAGACUUCCAGACAAGGCCCUGGAGAGUCUAGAGUAGGUGCUGGAAAUGAGGAUGGGAGGAAUUUUUUUUAUGUCCCAAGAGACAAAACUGGACCAGUAGAUUUAGGAAUGAAAAAAUGUAGAAUUUUUUUUUUUCCUCUCACCUACUACUUGCUUGUGAUACAGGGAAAAAUCUGAACUGCUCAGAGUUUCCUAUUCUGUUCUUUGGCCAUUGUGUGUUAGGAUCGGUCACUGAUGUUCCAGUGCCUUGGAUGUAGCCAAAAAGCAGCUCUGACUGCAUUCUCCUCUCUGAUUGUCAGAUGUCCAGUGUCUGGCAGCAUCUGAGAUGUAUAAGAUCUGUGUAAGGAACCCAAAACCUGAAGAGCCAGCAAACUGACAUCACUUUUGUUUUUAAGAGAAUUUCAGAUUAUCAGAGGGAGCAAAGUCACAGAAUCAUACUGUGCUGGACUGUUUUUAUUAUGAUUUUUUUUUUUUUUUUUUUUUUUUUUUUUUUUUUACAUAACACUCAUUUUUGCUGAUUUUUGCUGAUCUGAUAUCUGUUUUUUCAUGUUCUGGAAGAACACUAACUGGAAAGAUGAGGGCAAGUGCCUGCUCAUAGCAAGCAAGUUAUUGCAUAGUCAGUCUUGCAGACAUGCUGAGGGCUAAAACAAGGAUCAUAAGAAAAGUUAUCUUUUAUUAGGUCUUUCAAUGUCUUGAUGCUUUGAAAAUGUAAAAAUAUUGGGGUGUGAGGGAGUUUUCAAACAGGAUAGUAGCCUCUCCUGCACUGGUAAUAUUGAGAAGAAUUGCUUUCAUUAAGAUCCCCAUCAUAAAAACAGAAUAAGUGAAUGUUAUUGAGGCAGACAAGCCAGUUUCAAACUCCAGUGGAG